AUGCAGGGGCUGCAGGGCGCGGGGGUGCCCGGCGCCGAGGAGGAGGAGGUGCGGGAGCGCAGGGUGCUGGUGGCAGCAGCGGGGCUCCCCGGCGUUACGGCCGCGGAGCGGGUUAGCGACCCAGCGGGGGCGCAGCGUCGCCCUCGCUCCCGCCCCGGCCCCGCCGUGCCGGGGGACCCGCGGGGGCGGACGGGGGGCACCGGGACCCGCGGGGGCCUCGGGGGGCAGCGCCGGCCCCGCGCCCGCUCCUCCCGCCCGCUGGGGGGCGCUCGGCACAAGCGCGUGACGUCACCCGCGCGCGCCGCCACCGCCCCCCCCGCGCUGGGCGGGAGAGGAACGGGCGGAGGGAACGGUGCGGACCGGGGGGACAGCGGGGACAACGGGAACGGUACGGACCGGGGGGACAGCGGGGACAGAGGGAACGGUGCGGACCGGGGGGACAGCGGGGACAACGGGAACGGUACGGACCGGGGGGACAGCGGGGACAACGGGAACGGUGCGGACCGGGGGGACAGCGGGGACAGAGGGAACGGUGCGGACCGGGGGGACAGCGGGAACGGUACGGACCGGGGGGACAGCGGGAACGGUACGGACCGGGGGGACAGCGGGGACAGAGGGAACGGUACGGACCGGGGGGACAGCGGGGACAGGAGGGGACAGCGGGGAUAG